AACUACAUGAAAAGUUCUUCGAAAUAAGAGGUGUCAAGAAUAUUUUAUUUUAUCAAAUAACCAAUGAAAACGUAUAAAUAAACAAAAGUUCCCGCAACACCAAAAAAGCAAACGUUGCAAAUAUUUAGGGACGGAAGGAGAAUUAUUUUAGCAUUCUAAAAAAUUACUCCUAUUUUGUGUUCAAAAGCCCCACAAUUUGUGUGGCCCUAACUUCAUCAUCCAUCACCUUUGUCUCCAACGCCUAUCUCUCAAUCUUUUUUUUUCUCGUUCGGAAAUAGCAAUGGGCUCGACCACAUUUGGGCCUCUAGUGCUAGGAUUUCUCGCGAUUUGGGCCGCGACGGCGGAUUCCGCCGGACAUCAAGCUGCGGCGCCGGCGGUGGACUGCAACAGCGUCGUGCUGAACCUGGCGGACUGUCUCCCCUUCGUCACCAGCGGGAGCACGGCGGAGGAGCCGGAAGGGAGGUGCUGCUCCGGGCUGAAAACGGUGCUGAAAUCCAACGCCGAGUGCCUCUGCGAGGGAUUCGAGAAAAGCGCUCAGUUGGGAAUGGUUCUGAAUGUGAGCCGGGCUAUGUCCCUCCCCGCCGCUUGCCGUCUCUCCGCUCCUUCUGCCACCGCCUGCCCCAUGAGCAGUGGAAGCAUUUCAUCUCCUGCUCCAUCUCCUUUGGCUUCACCGCCAGGCUCCACCGCGGCUGAGCCCCCCGGCGAUGUGAUAGGAGUAAACACUGUGACCAGCCCGACACCGUCGCGAGGAACCAGGGCGGCUUCGUCUUCUUCAGUACGUACUGUGCACAUUGGUUCCUUCUCCACCUUUGUUAUCUUGCUGCUUCAUCUCAUCUUAUUGUUGUUGUGAUGUGUUGGAAAUUUUUAGAUAAAUUGGACAUUUUCGGACAUAAAUUCGGUAGGGUCCACAAAUUAUUUAACGAAAUAAUUAUGGACGAUUAAU